AUGUUUCGCAUCUCCUCCAGGGAUGUCCGGCCAGCUACGGAACCCUCGCCCAACGUUGGACCUGAUGCCGUCUAUGCGAAGACCAGCCCGCCCAGAGUCACCGUGAACCGCAUAGUAGAACCCAAGGAUGGAGCGGAGAGGAGCAACAUCUCCAGCACGGGGUGGAAUAGCAAUGGCGAGAGUCCCCGGGCCUCUGGGGUGAGUCUCAGCAAGCCCUCCCGCCUCAUGCGCAAGCUGCACGUCUACAGAGAGGAGUUCCACGUCGGAAAUGAUGAGCUGUUCCUCGAAGACUACCUGUGUGCUGUCCAGAAGAAGACCCUGAAGCAGGGACGCAUGUAUAUUUUUGACAAGCACAUCGGCUUCCAUGCAAACAUUUUUGGUCACCACAAGUACUACAGCAUCCCCAUCAAGGACAUCACCAAGGUUACAAAGGAGUCCAACGUGGGCUUCCCAAACUCCGUAAAGAUAUGCUGGGGACACACCCACUCCCUCUUCUUCACCAGUUUCCUGAACCGCGAGGAUGCAUACAAGCUGAUCAUGCACCUUUGGCGCCAGCUCAGCAGCAGAGCUCCCAGCGAAGCGGGAUCGCCCGAGGGGAGUGAGGACGAGGCCCUGACCAGUAUAACAAAGCCGGUGAAGAAGCUGCUCUGCAGCGUCGGCUUGAGCAGGAGCUCUGCGACCAGCCAGGGUGGAGGCAAGUCAGAGAGGUCCCCAAUCAGGGAGGACAGCAGUGGCGAUUCAGACAGCGACUCCUCGGGGAGCAGCGAUGACGAGUCCUCUGUUGCCGAGGGCGGGGAUCCCAAGGCGGAGAGCCUGGACGUUGCCAGGGCUGAUGAGGACGCCCCGAGCGUGCAAGACGAUGCCAAGCCAUCCCUGGAGUAUACUGUGCCCUGCUCGCCGCAGGUGUUCUGGACAAAGUUCCUGGGAAACAACUCCAGCUACUUCAAGGACUUCCAUGAGUCUCGCGGUGACUCCUCUGUCAAGCUCACAAAGUGGAAGAAGCACUCCAAGGGCGGCGUGGUCAGGGAUCUGCAGUUCGUGACGCCGGUCAAGAUGAAGAUGGGUCCAGACACGACUCUCUGCAACCAAACGCAGCGUUUCACAGCAUACAGGGAUGACCAUCUGGUGUUUGAGACCACCCAGACCAUGAACGACAUCCCCUACAGCGACCACUUUACGGUGGACUCGCGGUGGGAUGUGACUUCCUCCGAAGAUGACAAGUGCACCGUGAGGAUCUACAUUUUUGUUCCAUUCAGCAAGGCCAAGGACGUCUUGGCCGGCAAGAAGGGCACCCCCGCACCAAAGACCCAAAAGUCGAGGAGUGGCGGAGGGGCAUCGGGUCUGCUGUCCGGCAGCCUGGUCAACACUGCCUUGCUGGCGGCCCUGGUAGUCCUGCAGCUGCUGAUCCUGUGGCACCUGCGCAGCUCGACAGCAGACCCUCGAUCUGAGAUUGGGGCUGAAGGCCUGCGUCCUGUGCUGAGGGAGCUGAUCCUGGAGCUGAAGGAGAUGCGGUUGCAGGACACAGGAGCCGGAACGACGGUUGUUCUCGGCAGAGCGGCCUGA